AUGAAGUUCUCUCUCUAUUUGGCUUCUGCAUUGGUCCUUACCCUCACGGGUACUUCUGCGAGACCCGCAAUCAAGGGAGCUCGUUCGUUCGCUGCAAACAAUGGCGGAGAACAGCAAGGGCAAUAUGGAUCUGUGCCCCAAGCUGUCCACAAUGCUGAACAAUUACCUCAACAAAAUGCUGCUGCAGAUGUAUCUGCAACCGUCAAGGAGUCAAACUACCUAUUGACCGUUACCGUUCCCUUAGCUGAAGUGAGCUCCUCCGUUGUACUCCAGGAACUAGUUGCAAAUAUGCACAUUACAAAUGGGGUCUCUACAGCUCUUGUUCCUGUGGUAACUUCCGUUGCUUCCGCAGCCAAUGUUGAGCCAGUUCAGCCGGUCAAAAGCGCAUCGCCUGUAGCUGUCAUCGAGGCAAAGCCUAGUUCAGAUAAGCCCAUUCAAAUGGACGGCUUGCCUACCUUAAUUCCCGGAGAUAUGGCCCGAAAAAUGGAAGAAGUGCUUCCUGUUGCAGCUUCAGCAUCUCUCAGUGGUAAGACCGUCGCGACGUCAACCAUCACCUCAUCUAAGACGCAAGGACUACCCACCUUCAACUUCGGAUUUCUGCCUGUUGCUAGUACAUUUGAUUUCAAUGGUCUCUUUAAUCCCGCCCCAAAGCCUACCUCUACUUCACCUUCCAAAUCGACAUCUGAUUUGAGUACUUCCAUGAAUCCAUCCUCAAAGCCUACCACAACUUCAACUGCUACCCCUACAUUUGACGUGAAUGGUUUACUUAAUCCCACUACAAAGUCUACAGUAGCUGCUUCUGCUACAGCCUCAUCUACUACAUCGACAUUUGAUUUCAAUGCUUUUGUCUCUGCUGUACUUAACCAUCCCACAAGUACUGCCACGGGUUCAUCUACUAUAGCUUCACCUACUACAUCCACAUUCGAUCUCAAUGCUUUUGUUUCUGCCGUAUUUCAUCCACCCACGAAAACCACCACAUCUAAGGCUACUUCACCCACCUUCGAUUUUGAGGGUCUAAUUUCCGCUAUCUUUAAUCCUCCCACAAAGACUAGCACAACUGCUCACCCUACUUCGACUGGUUCGCCUUUCGGGUUUGACAUCAGGAAAUUCCUUAAAGAUCUUGAAGACUUCAUCGAAAAGCUUCUCGAAUUCAUUGACAAGUUUACCCACGACCAUCUUUCCGAUGGCAAGAAAAUUGAUACCUUCAAUGUCAUGGAGAAGAGCAAGCAACCGAACUUGGUAUACACCUUCAAACUCUUUAGAGCUAUCAUUAAUGAUUCGCAAGCAUCCCUCCAUGCCAUAACAAGCAAAGAGACAAUCACUUUCCAAGAUGUCCAAGCACUUGUUAUGUCCACCCACAAAAGCUUGAACGAAGUUCGCCACUUGCAACAAGAAUACGAAAAGAGCAUGGGUGGAAAGAAAUCCGAAAUUGAUCUCACUGCCGUUACAUUUUUGGACCCCAUCGAAAUUGAGAAGGCCUUAAAAGCUAACGAAAAGGUCGAUAUAUCUCGCAUUACCAUGUCUAGCGACCUGUUCUUGGAAUACACUGAGCAAUUUGUCCAAAAGGCUCAAACACUAUUGGAAUCUCUUUCUAAGGUUAUUUCCUCCGGACCAGUCACAGAUGUCGACGUACAAGCCGUUGCUACACCUACUGCUGAAGUUGGUUCCUCAAAAUCCACCCCUAAGCCCGCAGAAGCGGUACAAGAAAUUCCUCCUCAGUCCAAUUUCGUUGCUGUCAUUGCGUCUGAAGACAAUUUUGAGGAGUUUGAUAACAUCGUCAAUGAUGCUACUAUUACCGUAAUGGCCAUGACUGCUGAAGCAACUAGCCACUGA